UAUAAGCCCUUAAUUUUAAAAUGUAUGAUUAAAUGCAAUUUUAUCCGGUAGAGUUUUACUAAAACUCUAAAAAAUCCGGACUUCUAGACUCGUAGAGACAGUUUAGUAGUUUCAUUUCCAAUAAAAAAAAAAAAAUUGCCGAUCAAAGCUGCUCGUUCAUAGAUAGGAAAAUCUUCCAAAAAUGAAUAUUACAAUUGUUAAACCCACCUCCAAUCCACUUCAUUCUCCAGUAUUUUACAAAAUCCCAUCUUUCUUACCCAAAAUUCCUACAUCAAUAACCCCCAAAACUCACUCAAAUAAUCACCAAAAAAUUCACUCAAUAACUGCUUCCUCAAACAACAGCAGUAGCGCCAACAACCAAAACACACCCACAAGCAAGAGAGACAAUAGGUGGUCUCUUCAGGGUAUGACAGCUUUAGUCACUGGUGGCUCUCGUGGAAUUGGGCAUGCAAUUGUGGAGGAAUUGGUGGGUUUUGGAGCUAGAGUGCAUACUUGUGCUAGAAAUGAAGUGGAGCUUGAUAAUUGUUUGAAGUGUUGGGAAAAUCAAGGGUUUAAGGUUAGUGGGUCAGUUUGUGAUGUGUCUUCUUGGGAGCAAAGAGAGAGCCUUUUGGAUACUGUUUCAUCAGUUUUUGAUGGCAAGCUUAACAUUCUUGUCAACAAUGUCGGGACAAAUAUAAGGAAACCAUUUGUUGACCUCACACCUCAAGAAUUUUCUACGCUGAUGACAACAAAUUUUGAGUCUGUUUUCCAUUUAAGCCAGCUGAGUCAUCCUCUCCUACAAGCUUCUUGCGAUGGAAGUAUAGUAUUUGUUUCCUCGGUAUCGGGAUUUGUUUCGCUGAAGUCAAUGUCUCUUCAAGGAGCAACUAAAGGAGCAAUUAAUCAGCUGACUCGAAAUUUGGCAUGUGAAUGGGCAAGAGACAAUAUUAGGAGCAAUGCUGUUGCACCUUGGUACAUCAAAACUUCUAUGGUAGAAAAGGUCUUAAGCAAUGAAGAGUACCUGGAGGAAGUGUAUUCUUGCACUCCACUUUGUCGUCUUGGAGAUCCAACAGAAGUCUCAUCUCUGGUGGCAUUCCUUUGCCUCCCUGCAUCUGCAUACAUUACUGGUCAAAUUAUUUGUGUUGAUGGUGGGAUGUCUAUCAAUGGUUUCUAUCCUAAAAUCGAUUUCCAUAGCUAGAUUCGUAAUUGGGGGGAAACUACAUUAUGUUUAGAUUGGAGAUGAGUAGAUGACAAAGGGGCAAGGCAGAUGACACAUUAUAUCAAUGGAAAUAGUGAGAAGAAUAGAUUAUUCAAGACUUCUGUCUGAGGGAUUGGCGCUCCGCUAUUGUAUUGUUUCGUAUAAACUUUGAAGGCUAAAUGUGUGGUUAUGGUGCUUGCAGUUGUCGCUUGAGCUAGUGGAUGGUUUACUUUGUUGGCUAGCAUGAAGAGCUGGAAACAUGUUUCCUUUUUUUUUUUCAUUCAAGUUGGCGUUUACAUCACAUCAAUAACAAGAAAAUCCUACUGAUUUGUGGUGGUUUAUGGUCUUGUAUCAGUUCAGUUUGUGGCAUAUACGUUAGUUGUCCCAAUAUGGUGUCAUAAAUUGUUGACUUAAACCAUUUGCAGGGGAGAUUACUGAAAACAAAUUAAGGCUGAAUAGUGUUUUCUCCUAAGUGUUCCAAUGUGUUACUCCUUGUCUGCAUUGUACAGAGAAGAUGGUAACUCUUUUUCUAAACAAAUAAGAAAUUUUGGAUGACAAUUGCUCAGUCCAUGUGAUGACUAACCUAGUUAAUGAUAGUCCUCAGAAAUCGACCAAUUUGGUUUUUCGUUAUACUGGCAGCUUUGAUUGUGUAUGGUUUUCUUCCAACUUUGCUUCAUAAUAUUCAACUUGUACAUGUAAUGUAGAUGUUUGUGUGGGAAUCGGUAAAUCUAUUGUGGAACUUUUGUAAGGCCAAACUAUUUAAACAUCAAGUCUUCCAAAUUCAGAUUUAGUCACUUGUUUUGAGGCUGGAUCUCAACUUGAAAACCUUGUUGAGUCACUUGAGUUGAGGCUGGAUCAUGGCGUAAAGACCUGAGAGUCUUUGACUGGAGUCCACUACUGGAGGCUGGACUGUUUCAGGAGCCUGUUUGAAGUAGCAUGCUCUAAUGGACAAGUUGACUUCUUGAGGUGCUAUUAAAGAUGAGAAUCUGAAGAAGCUGCUGCAGCAUUGGACCUUUAUCAUCUGGGAGCAAUCAAAACUAUGGCCUCCUGUUGGUCUGACUGCUCUUGUUACUGGGGGCAUAAAAGAUAAUUGGAUCCAUCACAGACCACUUCUCGCCAAGAGCUGAGCUGGAACCUGGAUGCGAUCAAAUUAAACCCUUUACAUAAAUUGCUUCAUCUUCAAUCAAUUUGUCUUUUGUUGUCCCUAAGUAGUUCUAAAACAUUUUGUUAUAGCAGCAUUGUACUUUGCUACUUGUAAACUUGGUUUCCAAAAAAAAAACGGUCAUCUUCCCACAAAAGGGGUUUUUGAUAGUUAAAAGUAAGCUGUCAAUCAACAUAAAUGUGUAGAUGAGUUAUUGGUUUACUUUUGUCUCAUUUUGCUGACAUGAAAUUGUGGAAGAAUAGCAGACUUUGGGGUAUUGUUUAUUCAUGUGCCAAAAAAUAAGACUGAAGUUGAAGCUUGCAAAGCCAGUUUGGCAGACUAAAGGCUUUAGAGUCACUUGUUUCAUCUAUCAUGUAACAUCUCAAGCCCAGAAAGAAGCUGAUCGAGAUCGUGUCUAAGUUCGAACAAGCUCGAUAUCGUGGUUAGUAUUCUUUAACUCUAAUAUGGUCAAUCGAAAAUGUCACUGAAUGAUGCUUCUUACAUCAUUGGCCAGAGCUUUUAUGCUUCACUCGCGGUAUCUUGUAAGAGAUCUAUGGUGACUCUCAUAUGUGUCUGCUUUCUCUAUAAAUUAAAGCAACUGUGUUCAAUAAUUGGCUCCUUAAUUUAGGAUUUGAUCAACUGAGCUCGAUAGUACAAUUCUCCAGUACUACUUGAGAAAAGAAGUUCUUGUAGUUUAUGCGCAAAGGAAAUACUUCUACAUAAUUGUAUAUCAAGUAUAAGCUGGCAAUGAAUUAUUGUUACAGGUGCUAAAUUUCUUUGAAGUAGUAUCUAUAUAAAUACCAUAAUGGUUUUGUUGCUU